AUGGGCAAAAAGGGUAAGGGAAAAGGCAACAAGCUGGCCAAGAUGUCCGAGGAGGAGCGGGCGCGCUAUCUGCAAAUGCGUGCGGACGCGGAGGAGGAGACGAGACGCCGCAAGAUGCAGCUCAUAUCGAUGUACAUGAAGAACAAACUCAAGCGCGAGGAUGCCUUUGGGCGUCUCAACAUGGCCAAAAUCAAUCAGGAGUGGCGCAGCAUUCUCCGCCAGGUGAAGAUUCAGGAGCUGCGCCGUGAAAUCGUCGACGUGGAGGCGUUCUUCAAGGAGGCGCUGAAGCGCAAGGACAACGUCAUACAGCGGCUCAUCGCGCACAUUGGCUCCACCGAGGACAUGUACGCGAACCUGCAGCAGUCGCACAUGGAGAACAUCAGCGGCAUCAUAGGCAUCCACCGCAGUCGGCUGGAGUUCUUUAGGAGCAUCUACGAGGAGGACAAGCAGGCGGUGCUGGGUGAGUGGGAGCUGGACUCCGCCGGCUUUCGGGCCAUGCACGAGCAGAAGCAGCAGGAACUGGAGUGCGUGUUCUACCAGGUGGAGGAGACGACCGAUCGGGAGAUCAAGGACAACCACGAGCGCUUCCUGGAGCGCUGCGAGGACCUCAAGAGCGGCAUGCAACUGCAGCUGGAGCAAAUCACCAGCAGGGGCGAGGCGAAGCUGGAGCGGCUCUGGCAGGACUAUCAGUCGGUGCUCGCGGGCUACUGCCAGCACAUCGAAGGCUUCUACUCGGAGUACGUGGAUCUGAAGCAGCGCGACGAGGAGGCUGCCCUGCAGAUCAGCCAGCAGACCUACGACAUUGAGCAUCUGAUCGAUCAGCUGGCCAACCUGCGGCUCGUCUCGGAGGAGUUCCAGGUCAAGCAGCAGGCGCAGCUGGAGCAGCGGCAGGCCAUCAAGCAGCAGCUGACGGAGCGGCUGCGAGAGCUGCGCACCUGCGUGGAGCAGGAGGUGGCACGCGACCACCAGACCUUCAAGCUGAUGUCCGUCGAGAGUUACAAUGCGCUGGAGACGCUCCAGGGCAUCGUCAGCCAUGGCGACACCUUGGUCCAACUGUCGGCCGUCUGUGCCAAAAUGGAGACGCAACGCGAGAAGAUGUUCCUGCUGCCCGAGCUGUCGCGGGAGAUCAUCGAGAUUCGUGAAGUGAAAGACCAAUCCGCUGCAGCCACCGAUCAGCGCAGGGAGGAAAUCGGAGUGGUGCCCGAAAUGGACACCUUUUGGCGUCGCGUCAACAAUGUGGCCGUGGAUGUGGCCUGCCUGAAGCAGCAGAAGAAACGCCUGGAGGCGUCCAACAGCCAGCUGAAGGCGGAGCUGCAGGAUUACCUCGUCAAUCUGAACAUCAGCAACGGCUCCAACAGCCACGUGCACGACUACCUCUGCCGGCGGCCCAAGAGCAUGUCCGUGGAUCGCGUCACACGCCUCCAGCUGCAGCCCAAGCAGGUGAAGAGCGCGCUGCCCGCUGGCCGACGUCCGCCACCGCCCACUCCUCCAACAAUCCACCCCGGGCGUGUCCGCGUGGCCGCCUUCGAGGCGAACUUCUCCAAUGCGGUGAGAUCCCGCAACCUGAUCAGGGGACGACCCGAGCUAGCCAGGAUUGAGCGGACUUCCUAGAGUUUUCAGUCAGGUUUUUCAGCUCAGUUCA